GCUAUCGCUAAUUAUCUGUCAUUGCGAUGCGCCAGUUGUGAGGCAGUGCGAGACUGGUGUGUCGAGGUUGGUGGGCGUACGUCAUGUCGCCAAAGCCAGUGAAAGUUUCUACAUGAUUGUUGCAAGCGCAUAUGAGGAUAUAUGAACGGUAGCGCCUUAGAUUGAGGAAUAUGGCCAGUCCAAUAGAAUUCUGCGCAAUCGCGCGGGAAACUACGGUACUCGUGAGUCAUCGAGAGACUUCUUGCGACUUCGAGUAUCUGCUCACGGACGUGUUGAAAGAGAUCCCCCCACAUGCAGACUUCAAGACUACUCGGUCCCGUGGUGGGUAUGUCUUCCACCUAUUGGUGGAACAGGGGCUUAUCUACAUCUGUGCCACACUGCCAGAGGCCAGCAUGCACCAGUCAUUCACCUGUCUCUUUUUGAUAAAACAGCGUUUCCUGGAGGGAAGCUUGUCAUCACGUGCCUGGACUGCACAGGAACAUGAGCUUGACAGAGACUUUGGCAGUGUCAUUGCUGAUAUCAUAAACAACUGCAACAGUGGACGAACGGGUGACCAGAUCUCACAGUUGCACCGCCAGGUGGAGGAUGUGCGCGGAAUUAUGGCACAGAACAUUGAGCGAGUAGUUGAGCGAGGUGACAGGCUUGACAGCCUUCUUGAAAAGACCCAGGACUUGGAGCAAGCGGGGACAGUAUUCCGAGCCACUGCCAAGAAAGUGAAUCGCCACAUGUGCCUUCGUAAUGCGCGCAUGAUGAUUAUCGUUGGAAUUAUAGUAGCUGGUGUGAUCACCAUAAUAACAUUGUUUGCAACAGGCGUUAUCAAGACAUAACUGCUCUUGCUUCUAUGUUCAAAACUCCAUUCUAUGCAUACAAGUUUAAUGCAUGUUUCACUAUGAAAUUAAUUGUCUCAAAGUUUUGAAUGAACAUUGGAAUUUUAACUGGGCACCGACACAAAACAAAUUUGUUUUUGAGCCCCAAUUUGUUUGUGAUGCCAGGUACACCAUACUUUGCAGCGCAGUGGCUGCAGUGCCAGAUGUGACAUGCUCUGCUUUUUUAGUUGGCACAGAAGCAAUCAUUAUAAAUGCCCUGUGCAUGUAAUUUGCUACUAGCUCAUGUUUGUCCUGAGCAUUCCACGGGAGAUAUUUUCUACCACAUAGGAUGCAUAAUUCCAAGUGACACAAGGGACCAAAUCAAACUUUUUUUUUUUUAUUUAUGUCAGCUGUGCCUUUGACAAGUUAUGCUAAAUGUAUAAGGGGGAAAGGUAUAGGUGCAGUCAUUUGUCCAUGUCUGGGCGGUGCAGUCAACUAUAUUGUUGCACUUGAGAGGCCAUAAUUCUGCCAAGCAGCAACAAACAAACAAUAAAAGCUUGCAGUUAAUGUCAUACCAAGGGAAAUCUCUGCUGAUUUUGCUGCAGAGUUCUUGUAGUUGAAGGAAGAGAGACACAAAGUUUUGAGUUGAGAUACUAGCAUUAUUUGCCUUUUGUAUUCUAUCUGUACACCUAUAUUUUCUGUUCCUACACGCUCUGUUUUGACGGAACAGUGUGGCAGGACACUGGGCUUUCUGGUGCACAUCCAGUGCUCAUUGGUGAUUUGUGAUACCGUAUAUCACCAGCUAUGUCUACCAGGCAUCUUGCGACAUUAUGCUUCUCUGUGUAUGGCCCAAUAUGAAAACCUAGAGUGACUGUAGUAAAAGACAACAUAAUUUUUUAUUUCUUAUGUGCUAGAGAAAAUGAGGUACGAUACCAUGAUUUUUUGGUUGAACAGCUGCUGUUUGCAGCAGAAAAACAAAAACCUAUAUAAGCUUUUGCAUCAGUACUUAAGUUUCUUUAGUGUUGCGUAGUUGGUACAGUGUUUUCUUUUUGUGUGUUUAACUGUCACGCUAUAGUCAUUAAUAGAUGCAAUAUUUCGGUUAUUGUUUGUGUCAUCACGUUCAGUGUUUUGUGAUAUGAUAUCAUUUUAGUCUGAUUGCAAUAUAUAUACCAGUACCAAUAUAGGCAGAUACAUUUAUUUUGCCUUUGUUUGGAGCAGAAAGUGCUCACCUUGUGCCCGCUAUCACCUGAUGCACGACAUAGUUAAAAGAAUCACUGAGGCUUCUUUACAUAAAAAAAUAAUUUUAGAACAGUUUCACUUGCAUUUUUUCUUACACUUUCAAAUUUUGUUUCUACUGUCAUCAGCCACGGUUACAAUUUAAACAAAAUUUUCAUAUAUUUGAUAUAACUUAACUAUGGAGAGUUUUCUGCAGUAAUUUAAUGUUUCAUGGCUGAAAUGAUGGAAGGUGCUAAUAUUUAUGUGGUAACAUAUCUUUUUGAUUUAGUGUGUGCCAUACUGGUCUCCUUCAGAACAAUAAAUGCCAAUGUUAUUUUAGAAUUUUCA